GACUCUUCUGGAUUAAGUCCCUUAGAAGCUGUUUGGUGACUGAUUUUGACUAUAGUGACAGGACGAACAGGAGUCCACAUGAGCUGACAGCAUCUGGACCGUUACUGCUUUACAUGGCUGCUCUGAAGAGACAAGCGAAGGAUCAUCGGACGUAUUACUAGCAAAUACACGUGGUCUCUGAACGGCUGAUGACCUUGGAGAGGAGGAGGCUUGAAAAGACACAGUAAGCACUAAGAGACAGUUUUACAGGAUUUAGAAGACGAGGGCAGAUACGAGUACGAUCCUCUUCAGGAUUAAGACGUUAUUUUCAUUGUACUGCUGUGCAAAACAACGAGAUUUGGUUGCUAUCCCACAUUCUCAAUCAUUUCCUUCGACAAAUAUGCAUCCAGUAAGGUCCACAGUAGGACUCGGGAUGGGGGAACGUAUUUUCUUCUUCUUCUUCUGUUCCAUCUGUCUUUCCGUAUGCGCUGGGACUGGAAUGCCAGGUUCGGACUACAACCCUCAUCCUCGUUUCAUUUGUACCCCCAUUCCCGCUGACGCCGAUCCCGGGUGUUUCCCCACGACGGGCGGCCCAGGUGGCCCCAGUCCCGGACACCACAGCGGACCUAGCGGGAACAGCAACAGCUGGUGGGGAAUGUCCGAGGAGGCAAAAGCGACAAUCCUGCACCUGCGGGAGAGUUUGGUGCAGCAGAAAGAAACCAUCCUGGACCAGAGGGAGACUAUCCGAGAGCUCACCGCCAAACUGAACCUGUGUGAGGGUUUCAACCGCGGCACGGGCAGCCAUGACGACCACCCGCACCGCAAACCCACACACCUGGCUCACCACGCCCACCACGCCUACCCGACAGCACCCGACACAGCGCACCUUGGGUGGGCGCCGCCCGAUGGUAACCACGGCAGUCGUGGAAUGGAGCUUGGUCACUAUGGCGACGGGGGACAUCAUCGCGGGAAAGCCUCGCUGAGCGAGAAGCACGUCACAGGGGAGAUUCCUUCACCCUCGUCUACGCCGGAGCAGAUGAGCAGGAUGCUUCAGUCCCUAAAGGAGCGGCUAGAGAGCCUGCAGACAAGAAACACUUCCACCAGCUACUCGAGUUCACUGAAAGAUCUCCUGCAGAGGAAGAUCAACGCUCUAGAACAACAGAUGCAACACCAUUCUUCAUCACUAAUCAGUGCCAGUCACAGUGACCACGAAGGUGAUGAUGAUGGCGGUCACCAUGACGACGAUCACGACAACGGCCCUCAUGAGGACAGCCACGACGAUCACCAUGAUCCUCACGAUGAGAGCCACCACAGUGAUCACCAUGAUGAUGAUCAUCAUGACAACGGUCACCAUGAUGACGAUGGACACCACGACAACAGUCACCAUGACAAUGAGGUUUCUGAACAUGGCUUCGAGAGGUUGUCUUAUAACCUACAAGGGCACAGAGAAGCACAGGUUGGAGCGCACAGCAAACUGGACGCAGUUCUGAGUGAUCUGCAGCACAGGCUUACUGACACUGGUUUUAGAAAGAACAGCAAAUCAACUGAAGGUUUCCAGGUCGGCUUCCCCAUGCGAACCAACUACAUGUACGGUCGUGUGAAGCGUACUCUGCUGCACGAGAUCUUCUCCUUCACGCUGUGUUUGUGGAUGAAGGCUGGAAUCGGGCCUGGACUCGGAACGCCCUUCUCCUACUCCGUUCCAGGCCAGGCCAACGAGCUGGUGCUCAUCGAGUGGGGAAACAACCCGAUGGAGCUGCUCGUCGACGACAGAGCUGUUCCUUUACCCCUCUCGCUGAGUGAUGGUAAAUGGCACCAUGUGUGUGUGACGUGGUCAACACGGGACGGCCUGUGGGAGGCCUAUCAGGAUGGAGUGAAGAGAGGCUCAGGAGAAAACCUCUCCCCCUGGCAUCCCAUCAAACCUGGCGGGGUCUUCAUACUGGGGCAGGAACAGGACACACUGGGUGGUCGUUUCGAUGCGACGCAGGCGUAUGUUGGAGAAAUCUCAGACGUGCAGAUGUGGUCUCACGUCCUCACGCCACAUGACGUCUACAGCCUGGCUUCAUGCGGUGGUCAUAUGACCGGUGACAUCAUCGCCUGGUCAGAGUCAGUGGUGGAGCUGCAUGGCGGGGCCACCAAAUACCCCUUUGACCCCUGUCAUUAAAGAGCAUCGCCGGGCAAAAGGACAACCCACGCACAAAUCUCAGAGUGCAACAUGUUUUAAAUAAGCUUGUUUUGAAGCAUUCGGAUGAUUUGUCACCUGGUUGCAAUUUAAAAUACGUCCACUAUCACGUCAAAAACAUUGCCUUCUGUUUACAUACGAAAAUCGGGUGAUCCCGUGACCUCCAGGAUUUCAACAGGGACCCGUUUUUGUAUUUACGAUGUUUUCAUACUGAACUUUUUCCAUUUGUGUUCUAUAAAUGGCACUUCAGUGUCAUUCAAUGUUCAAUGCAAGUAUAUGACAUAUUGUCAUAACUUGGAUAGAAAUCCAUAGCUAAAAACGUAGAUGUUUGUGCAAAAACUAGAAAAGCGGCUCAACCUGAGCAGUGAGUUGAAGUUGAAAGAUUCGUUUUCUUGCACUGUAAGAAGAAUCUAAAGAUACAGCGAUACCAAAGAGAAGAGUUACCAGGCUUUUGACCAGGCUAAGUGCACUGUUGUUGUGUUUGUGAACUGUUUUACUGUACUUGUCCAGAUGUUACGGUACUUUACCGUACGGUACGUGUCCAGGCGUUUGGUGUUUUGAGCUUCACAUAAAAUGUAGUUUUAGUUUAUUUAUGAAUCUACUGUAAAUGUGUUAUUGAUUCAAAAUAAUACACUUUUUCACUGUAAUGUUUGUGCAUACGAAUUUGUUAUGCAUUUACUCUUUGUAUAGGCCUAACUUGUUUUCAUUUGUUUAAAGAUUUGGAAGCUGAAAUGCAAUAAAAGGGACUGAUUUUGGAGGGA